AUGGAAUUAUAUAUUUGGCCAUCUGAUUUUGGAUUACCUUCCGUAGACUCUCGUUGUCUUCAAUUUAUGGCAUGUGCCAAAUUUUGUGCAGCACCGGUAUCUGUAAUUUCUGCUUGCUCACCAUGGAAAAGUCAUAAUGGUGAAUAUCCAAUGUUUAUUGAUCGAAGUAAUAUGGUGGAAAAAAUUUAUGACUUUGAUAAAUUUGCUGACAUAUUACGAAGAAAUGCCCAGGAAGUUGUGUUGGACAGCGAGCUGAGUACCAGUGAAAAAUGCGAAUUUGAAGCAUAUUCAAGUUUAAUGCAUCGAAAUUUUUAUCCUGCUGAGUUACAAUUCCUUUGGCUUGAUUCGUAUAAUUAUUCGGCGAUAAUGCAACAUUGGUAUUCAAAACAACUACCGUUUGGUUAUAAUUUAUAUUACUUGGAGAAACGUCGCAAGCGUGCUCAAGCUUAUGUUUCAGCUUGUGGCCGAAAUGAAAAGCAAAUUAUUCAUGAUGCCAUAAAUACGGUCAAUUUUUUAGAAGACAGACUUGGUAAUAAGAAGUACUUCUAUGGUGACAAACCAAGUUCUAUUGAUGCCUUAAUUUUUGGAUAUUUGGCACCAAUUCUAAAACUACCGCUUCCAUCAGAUCGAUUGCAGCAACACAUAAUGAGUUGUCCAAAUGUUGUACGAUUUAUCGAAUCUAUUAUAAGCAUAUACUUGCCUUUGAGUGAAACUCAAAUAAGGCAGCAAGCUGCUCUAAAGGACAAAUGGUAUAGCCGGCGACGUCGCGCACAAAAAGAAGCAGGACAGAUGAAUUUGCGACGGACGACAGUGAAAGAGCAGCAAACAUCAGGUCCAGUAGCUGAAACGAUCUUCUUUGCUGUAGGCGCAUUAACGAUAUCGGUGUUAUUUGCUGUGCACUGUGGUUUAGUAACAUUCGGUGUGGUAGAGGAGGAACCACCGUUUGAAAUGCUUUGA